CGGCCCUCAACAUCCUCCAUCCUUAGUCGCUCGUUCUGGACCUGCCGCUCCUCAUGGAAGCGCGCACGGAUCAACACCCUCCGGUGCCUCGUCGGCUGCACCAUCGGUGACUUCUCCGCCCUCUGGAUGCUGCAAAGCUUUGCCCCGGAUCUCGGGAUGACCACGAUCAUGGGACUAUCCAUGGCCUCCGGCAUAACCACCUCCGUCAUGCUUGAAACGUAUCUCCUCUGGCGGGGCGCAGACCAGCUCUCCCUGCCGAUGGCCUGCCGGACGGCCAUGGGGAUGAGCAUGGUCUCCAUGCUGGCGAUGGAGAUCGCCGAGAAUGCGGUGGAUUAUCAUCUGACCGGGGGCGUGGUCGAUGUCGGGGACCCGCGGUUCUGGCUGGCGGCGGGCGUGUCGGUGGGCGCUGGGUAUCUGGCCCCGUUGCCGUACAACUAUUGGCGGUUGCGGAAGUACGGGAAGGCUUGCCAUUGA